UACCGACCUCAGCGAAGACGAUCAAACACAGCGCUCCACUCGACCACCGCGAAUCGCAACGAACGCUUCACGCCGCCGAGUCGCAUACCGCCGCCAUGAGCUCCGAUUCCAUCGAGGACGACGAGGACCUCGCGCAAGAGAAACAGCUGGUCAACGAGUGGUCAAGUAACAGCAAUGAGUGCUUGAACAUCCGGCUCGUGCGCGGUAAUGGCUCGGUCGCGGUGUCAUGCAAUCCGGAGUUCACCUAUGCCAUGUUCGGCGAAGAAGAGGCAAUAUUUGGUUACCAGGACUUGAACAUCAACCUCUCUUUCCGUGCGCAUGACCUGCAACCGAAGCUGGACAUCACCUACGGCAAGAUAUUCCCUGUUCAGGGCGAAGUGCGACCUACCGAUAUUGCAAAGGCACUAUCAGAUUUCCUUCCUGAAUCCGCGUUCGACAACCAAGAGCUGGGCGUCGAGGCGGACUUUGGGCCACCAGGCGAGAAGAUUCACGACUACAAGCGUAAUGGAAAGGCUUACGAAGUCUGGUGUGCGAGUCUGGCAGAUCCUGCUGCUAAGAAGCUGCUUGAGAAUAUGCAGAUUUUGGUGCCCUUCUUCAUUGAUGGUGGAAGUGUGCUGGAACUGGAGCAAGAUUGGACGACGCAACGGUGGAAGAUCUUCCUCGUCUACGAGGUCGACGGACAGGCAAACGGCAUCUCACCUUACACACUCGCAGGAUACGGCACGUCGUAUCGCUGCUUCACCUUCCCAGAACGCCAAAAGGCUCCGAAUGAGCUUUCUCAUAUCUCCGACUUCGAAUCACCUCUUGAUCUACCGAGCCGCGAGCGACUAUCACAAUUCUUGCUGCUACCACCAUUCCGUGGUGCGGGCCACGGACAGGAGCUGUACAAGGUGAUGUACAAGCAUCUUACUUCUCCCGAUAACAUUCGAGAGUUCACAGUCGAGGAUCCGAACGAGACCUUUGAUGACCUGCGCGACUUCUGCGACUUGCUAUACCUACGCGCCAAUGUUCCCGAAUUCGCAGCACUUCGCAUUCACACCGACAUUCCUACUGAAAAGAUGGCCAGCACGGCUUCCAUACCUACCGAUCUCAUUGUUCCGAUCGAUCAGCGCAAGGAGAUUAUGAGGAGGACUAAGUUGAUGCCACGUCAAUUUGAUCGUCUUGUCGAGAUGCACACCCUCUCGUUCAUUCCCACCAGCAACCGAUCGAGGAACCGAAUUACAAGGAAGGAGAAGACUACAAACGAGCACGACCGACAGUACUACUUUUGGCGUCUGUAUGUCAAGCAGCGUCUCUACAUUUUCAAUCGCGACCAGCUGGCUCAAGUGGAGCACGCGGAGAGGGUGGAGAAAUUGGAAGGUGCCCUUGACAGUGUUCUGGAAGCUUACACCGAAAUGAUCGAGAGGGUCCAAACGAAGGAAGAGGACAUUGCGAACGGGCAAGUCGAUGGUGACGCGGCACCCAGCACCGCCGGCGCAACGAAACGCAAACGCAAGGUCGUAGAGGAGGAUGAAGACGAAGAAAGCGAAUCGGGAGCAGAGCAGGAUGAAGUCGCGCCAAGCACCAAUGGUCAUAAGAAAGCCAAAGCCGCAUGA